AUGCUGUGGGAAACAAUUGCCGAAGAGAACAACUGCACGAUGGAUUGCAAUAUCAGCAACAACAACAACAACAACAUGCUGAUGGCCAUGGAUGCGGAGGAGGAGCUUUCGUUCUAUGACGAUGACGUGCACGCUUUGCCGUUGCCGUCGCAGCGUUCGGUUAGCCCGGCGUUGCUCGGUCUACUCUCGCCGGAGUGUUCGCCGCAACGCUUUCAAAUUGUGCGCCAGCCCAAGCUGCCGCAACUGCAGCAGCACCAGCAGCAGCAGCAGUUGGCGCCAGCAGCAGCGGCGGCAGCGAGCAGCGCUGUGACGCCUGCGCGCAGCUUUCGCAUAUUCAACAGCCUCUCCUCGACGGGCUCCAUGGAGUCCUUCAUGGACGACGAGUACAUGGAGCUCUUCGAAAUGGAAUCCUUUGCCGGCAUACAGCAGGCGCCGCCAGCGCUGGCCAUGCCCAGCGGGCUUAACUCGCUGAUUAGCGGUCAGAUCAAGGUGACGCCCAAAUCCCCGGAAGCGUUGAGCAUCAUGAUGCGACGUCCCUCGGUGCGCCGCUGCCUCAGCAUGACAGAGACGAAUAGCAAUCAGCUAUCAUUACAACAACAACAACAACAACAACAACAACAACACCACCAACAACAACAGCAACCAAAGACGCCAGAGACUGCCAGGGAUUGCUUCAAGCGUCCCGAACCGCCCGCAUCGGCCAGCUGCUCGCCCAUCCAGAGCAAGCGUCACCGUUGCGUCGAGAAGGAGAACUGCCCCAAUCCGGUCGCCAUCAAUCCGCCCGCAAGCAGCCACGCCCAUGCGCCUCCGUUGCGCAAAUGCAUGUCGCUCAAUGAUGCGGAGAUCAUGUCCGCCUUGGCGCGCUCCGAGAAUCGCAAUGAGCCGCAACUGAUUGGCGAUUUCAGCAAGGCGUAUGCCCUGCCCCUGAUGGAGGGACGCCAUCGGGAUCUCAAGUCGAUCUCCAGCGAAACGGUGGCCCAGCUGCUUAACGGCGACUUUGAGGAGCAGGUGGCCAGCUAUCGCAUCAUUGACUGCCGCUAUCCGUACGAGUUUGAGGGCGGGCAUAUACGCGGCGCCAAGAAUCUCUAUACCCACGAGCAGAUCCUCGAGGAGUUCCUCAGCGCCGCACAGACUGAGCUGCAGCAGCAGCAAAAUGCCGUUGCCGGCAACAAGCGUCACAUAAUCAUCUUUCAUUGUGAAUUCUCCUCGGAGCGUGGCCCAAAAAUGUCACGUUUUUUGCGCAAUCUGGAUCGGGAGCGCAAUACGCAUGCGUAUCCGGCGCUUCAUUAUCCGGAAAUCUAUUUGCUGCACAAUGGUUACAAAGAGUUCUAUGAGACGCAGCCGGAGCUCUGCCAGCCGAACGCGUAUCGGCCCAUGCUGGAGCCGGCCUACAAUGAGGCCUAUCGGCAUUUUCGUGCCAAGUCCAAGUCCUGGAAUGGCGACGGUUGCGGCGGCGCCGGCACGGGCCGCAGCAAGAAGUCCCGUUCGCGGCUCUUGCUGUAA